UGAUUACUUGUGUGAAACCAUUGGGAGGCUAAAAUUAGAUGAUGCACAUAUACAAAUUAAUUCAGAUUUGCCACCUGGUCAACAAAUACCAAAAGAAGCUUGUGUAAUUAUUCAUCCAGGUGCUAAUAAUGAA